CAUGGUCUCUAUCAAGGGAUACUUUGGUCACAACUGGCAUAAUUAUUUCUGGGCCUUUGCCCUUGUCAGUCGAGGCGAGAGUGGAAGAUUGGUCAACUUCCAUAUUGUUUAAAUUAUUUUCUGACGAACUUGAGGAAGCGUUAGACUGUUCUACUGAUAUUUAUAGGAAAAAAUAA